AUGCCGCCGUUCGGUCAGACUAUCGCUGUGAUUGACAAGUCCGGCAAGGUUGUCAGCACGAGUAAACAACUCUUCGGCGUCUUUAACCAAGCCAAGUCGGCCUACCGCGAGCGCAAAUCACAAUAUGACUCCGAGCGCAGUGCAAAAGCUGCCGAGCAACAAGCUCUCCAAGGUCUAGCUACCUACCAAAUCGACGAUUCGCCAGCCGCAGGCAACCGGCGAACUCACGGCAGCAAAUCCAAACAUCAUUCAACCCGUCAUCACCACCGCCGCCGCACAUCUUCACACUAUGAGCAGUCGACAACGUCUCGCGGCGACACAUACUACGCCCCACCGCAGGAGAUUGCUCGACGUCACACGCAUCAUGAUAUCACGAUCCGCCCAUCUGAAAACCAGAUAGAAACCCGUCCCACGACGGCGCGGUCCAAGUCAGACGCCCAUAUCGAUAUGAACCUUGCAUACGGCGAAGCUCACCCGGACGCACUAUCUCGUUACAGCCCGGAGGAGCUGAAGAUCGAAGACAAAAAGCAGCUCGAUGGACUCGUCCGUCGAGCGCAGUGGCUUCUCGAAGAGGCACACUGCGUACAACACAGUGCCUCUGCUACGAUAACCCAUCUGCAAAAGCAUCCAGACGCCAUGGCCGCGGUGGCACUGACCUUGGCGGAGAUCAGCAACCUCGCAACAAAGAUGGCGCCAGCCGCACUAUCCGCUUUCCGAAACGCCGCGCCAACCGUCUUUGCCCUUCUCUCCAGUCCGCAGUUCCUCAUUGCGGCGGGCGUCGGUCUCGGCGUGACAGUUGUCAUGUUUGGGGGAUACAAAAUUAUCAAGAAAAUCUCGUCCGGAAAAGAUGACGCAGAGAACACGUCUGCGGGGGUGGAUGAGAUGAUGGAGCUGCAGAAUAUGGACUCUCUCGGUCGCUUGGAGAAUUGGCGGCGCGGCGUUGCUGAUGUGGAAGCCGUUAGUUUCGGGACAUCUGUCGAUGGCGAGUUCAUUACCCCCACAGCGGCGGCGAUGUCGGGGAUGGAUGUAAGGACAGCGCAUAUCCCUCGAGACCCGCGAUCCAUGUGUCAGGAAGAUGCAUCCGUCUCGUCAUCUCGGCGCUCGAGACGCUCCUCUCGAGAUACGCAUACGCAUACGAGGAAAGAAAAGCGCGUGGAGGUUCCCCCUAGAGGAUCCUCGCGACUCUUCCGCAGAGAGUCGACAAAGGCUCUCGCCUCCACUCCCAGCAGAGCUUCCAGCACGAGAACGUCAAGUAAAGCGGGCACAGCAAAGCCUAGAACUGGAACUGGGAGCCAGUCUUCAGAACAAGACCAACGACCCAAGGAAAAGAAGAAGAAGGGGCCUAGCCGGCUACGACUUAUGUUUACGCAUUGA